AUGUUGGCAGAUGGUAAAAUUGUUGCUGUGAAGAAGUCUAAAAUAGUUGAUGAAGAGAAACUCACUGAAUUCAUUAAUGAGGUUAUCAUUCUUUCCCAAAUUAACCAUAGGAAUGUGGUUAAACUACUUGGAUGCUGUUUAAAGACCCAAGUUCCACUUCUUGUUUAUGAAUUCAUAUCCAAUGGUACACUUUCCCAGUAUAUUCGUGACCAAAAUGAGGAAUUUCUUUUUACAUGGGAAAUUCGCUUACGAAUUGCAACAGAAAUUGCUGGAGCUCUUUCCUAUUUACACUCCGCAGCUUCCUUUCCCAUUUACCACCGAGACAUCAAAUCAUCAAACAUACUCUUAGAUGAAGAGUUGAGAGCAAAAGUAGCAGAUUUUGGAACUUCAAAAUCAGUUGCCAUUGACCAAACACAUGUUACUACAAUGGUACAUGGUACAUUUGGCUAUUUGGACCCUGAGUAUUUCCAAACAAGCCAAUAUACGGAUAAGAGUGAUGUUUAUAGCUUUGGUGUGGUGAUUGUUGAGCUCUUGACAGGACAAAAACCGACUUGUUUAAAGAGGUCAAAAGAAGGACGAAGUCUAGCAACUUAUUUCAUCAUGUGCAUGGAGGAGAAUCGCUUAUUUGAUAUAAUUGAUCCUCAAAUCCUCAAGGAGGGAAAAAAUGAACAGAUGUUGGAAGUUGCUAACCUCGCAAAAAGAUGCUUGAAUUUGAAUGGAAGAUACCGACCUACAAUGAAAGAAGUGGCAACGGAGUUGGAGGCCAUUCAGAAGUCAAUCAAAACUGUUUCUGAUCAACAGAGUUUUGAAGAAGUUGAAUCUGUGAGGACUGAAAUAACAGCGGCUUGGAACGUUUCCAACACAAUUGGUUCAAACCCGUCUACAUCCAUUGAUAUUGCUUCCUUGUUCGACUAA